CGCCCUGUAAACGUUUUAAAUAUCCACGUACAAACCUUCAUUUCCAUCUAUUCGCAGAGAAAAUUGCAUCAUGUCCACCAAGCCUGUCAUUGCUGUUAUCUACUACUCGACCUAUGGUCACAUCGCUACCCUCGCCGAGGAGGUUAUCAAGGGCCUCGAGUCUACCGGUGCCAUCGUCAAGCCCUAUGUCAUUCAGGAGACUCUUUCCGAAGAGAUUUUGAAGAAGAUGCACGCGGGCUCUUCCCUCAAGCCCAAGUAUCCUAUCAUCACCCCUGACGACCUCAAGGAACUUGACGGUUUCAUCCUUGGUUGCCCUACCAGGUACGGCGGUGUUCCUGCCCAGGUUGCUACCUUCUUCGAUCAAACCGGUCAGCUCUGGGCUACUGGUGCCCUCGUCGGCAAGUUUGUGUCCAUGUUUACUUCUACUGCCGGUCAGCACUCUGGUCAGGAGGCCACUACCUUGACAACCUUCCCCUUCUUUGCUCACCACGGCUUGACUUACGUUCCCAUCGGUUAUUCCAACCCUCUAAUCUCUGGAGUUGAGGUAGUGAACGGAGGCUCACCAUACGGCGCGAGCUGCAUUGCCAACGCCGACGGAAGCCGAAAGCCUUCUGCUGUUGAGCUCGAAAUCGCUGAGCACCAGGGAAAGUACUUCGGUAACUUUGUCGGUACCUUUGUCAAGGGAAGGAGCGCUGCCGCUGCCCCUGCUACUACCACCGCCGCUGCUAGCCAAGUUCCUCAAAAAGUCUCCGAAAAGGAGGGUUACGCUGUCGGUGACGAGACCGCUGCCGCUGGCGGUGCUGCUCCCGCCCUCGCCAAUACUGGUGUUGCGAACGUCGCCACCGAGAAGACCGCUGAACCUGCCGCAGCUGCUCUUGUAGCCGACGAGACCGCCGCUGCCGAGCCUGCUCCUGCCGCUGAGACUACCACUGCUGCUGAACCCGCUCCUGCUGCUGAAGCCACGCCCGCGGCUACCACUGCUGCUGCCACCCCUGCUACCGCUGAAAAGCCUUCUCAAACCAAGCCUGCUGCCGCAGCUGCUCCUAAAAAGAAGGGCUUCUUCUCUUGUUGUGGUGACUCUAACAUUGAUUAAGCGGAGUCGAAUGUGAGGCAAUGGACAGAAGUAGUGUGGCGGAGAGCUUUAAUCGAAUAAUGGGAAGACUUAAUCAUAUAGAAUAUAUUAGCAACAUUCAAAAUGUUAUGGCUUAAAUCAAAGAACAAGAUGCGCUGCUCUUCUGUUAAUGUUUACAUGGAGACUACAAAAUGUCAACAGUCUACAUAGUCUAUAGAUAUCUUAUUGCUUAGACAAAGCAGCAAGGUCACCCGCCCGAUUGAUCACAUAGGUAGGAACGACAGG